CAACUGAUUACUAUAUGAACUUUAAAUAAUAUUUUGUGCAUUUUUCUUCACUCCUUGCUAAGUAUAUCCUUAAACCAAGCCCAGAUUAUUUUUAUAUUUUGACUCUAUCAACAUUACUGCAUUGUACUUUCACCAUGAAUAUGGUGUUACACAAACAAAAACAUGGCAGAAUUUUAGAGAAAAGAUAAAUUUAUAAUUACUAACUAAAGGAAAUACAUUCAUUUGGGUCAAUGGAAAAACAAGACAUGAAAUUGUAAACAUAAUCAUUAUUCUAUAACACUCAACUCAAAUCCUAGGGAAAACUAUACUUAAAACUGUAAGUUUUUGAUUUGGAGGUUGUGUGGUUUUUAGUGCUUGCUUUCUAAACUAUAACAUUUUAAAGGACAAAAAAUAAGAGACUAUUAAAGAAGGGUUAGAGGUUGGGAGAUCAGUAAGCUAGAUUGGAUAUCUAAAGGGAAAAAAUAAUGAACAAAUGAAUUUUCAUUAUUCCUGUGUUUUAAUUUUUAUGAAGUUCUUGUGGUUUUUUUUAAAUAAGCCUUAUCAAUUACAUUGAUGCUAUGGUCAUAUAUGUUUUCAUUCAAUUCUGAAGUCCAAUAUAUUGAAUGGUAUCAUUUCUUCCAGAAUGUAAAGUUUGCCAAAGCAAGUUGGCUAAAGGACAGGGUGCCCAGCGUGUGCCACACUGCUUCCAUCUGGACUCCAGAGAGCAUUAAGCAGCUUCGUGAAACAAAAACAGAAGACAUUCUGAAAGCAGUCAUUAUUAUUUUGCGUGCCUGGGAUUAUCCUCUUAUACACCUGGUGCUUGCCACAACCAUUCUCCCAACAGUGUCUGCAUCUAAUAAUAUGCUGCAAAGAAUCAAUGUUGUGAAGAAUGGAAUUAUAGGACUUUUGGAGGGACUUGAGAUCAUACUCAGCAGGACCCAGCCUGGAGUUAUAGUUGACUAUCCUCAUUGAUCAGGACAGAGAGAAUUUCAGUCAUCAGAUGAAGACACUCGCCUUUUUGCUAUGUAUAACCUUUGCCACUGCCUGAGAAGACACACAAAAGGUUGAAAGUUACCUCAAGAUCCUGAAGGACCAAGUCAUCUUUAAGGGUAACUAUUAAUCAGAGAAGCUUCCUCCUGCAACAGAUGACUAAAAAAUACAAAGUUCCACAGAUAGACAUUAUGCAGAGACUGGGAUAUCUUGGAGCAAUCAGCCCUAAAUGGGAUGUUUCUAUCAAAUCCCUCCCCUUAGAGUUCAGGGAAUCCUGCAUCAGA